GGCAGCUAUUCUUAGGCUGUCUGUCCAGUUCAUCUGAGCAGGCAAGAAAACUCUUCCUCUAGCUCAUACAGUAGCUUUUCUCUGUUGCUGUUGCUAUUUUGCAGUUUGGAGGCUGUUUGGUACGUGCCCCGCCCCCUCCCAAAUCCAUUUUCCCCAUCCGUUUGGAGAAAUUCUGUUGCUUAAACAAUACAAAGGCUUUUUUGAACAAUGACUUCGUACAACGUGUCACUCUCUGGACCUCCACCUUGGGGCUUCCGGUUGCAAGGAGGCAAGGACUUCAAUAUGCCCCUCACCGUUUCUAGGAUUACACCGGGGAGCAAGGCGGCCUCCAGCAAUCUGAUCCAGGGGGAUAUCAUCGUGGCCAUUGAUGGGGUCAGCACAGACGGGAUGACGCACCUGGAAGCCCAAAACAAGAUCAAGUCUGCCAACUUCAAUCUGGCUCUCACCAUGCAAAGGUCAAAGCGACCCACCCCAGUUUCAAUGGCCACACCAAGGAUUGACUCUCCGAUGCCUGUGAUUCCUCAUCAGAAGGUUAUUACCCACGCUCCUGCCAACAAUGAGUUCCUGCCCAGCUUCAACCCUAUAGCACUGAAGGACACUGCCCUCUCCACCAACAAGCCCAUCGAGGUGAAGGGGCCUGGAGGAAAGGCCACCAUCAUCCAUGCCCAGUACAACACCCCCAUCAGCAUGUACUCCCAGGAUGCUAUAAUGGAUGCCAUCGCUGGUCAGUCCCAGGCCAGGGGUAGCGAAAUGUCCGGUAAUCUGCCAGUUAAAGAGCGUGUUAUAGACAGUGCUUCCCCAGUGUAUCAGGCUGUCAUCCCCAGUGAAAUCGAUCAACUUGGGCCCGCUGAUUGGGCCAAAAGAGCCGCCCAGCUGCAGUCCAAGUCCUUCCGUGUCCUCGCCCACAUUACUGGAACUGAAUACAUGCAAGACCCUGAUGAGGAAGCUCUGAGAAAGUCAAGGGAAAGAUUUGAAUCUGAAGCCAAAGGCCCCCGUUUUGCUAAACUGAAAAACUGGCACAAUGGCCUGUCGGCACAAAUACUCAACGUACCUCAGUAUUCUGCUGCUGAGCAUGCUCCAGUUUCUACCAGCAUUGCACCCGUGUGCCCGCCUACUAUUGCUGCUUUGCCCAAUCAGCUCCUUUCGGAGCCGCUGAUAGCCAAUCAGGCACCUGAGCCUGAUGUGGAGCUGAUUCCAGAGCAAACCACUGUCGCCAGCUACAGCUUGCAGACCUCUAUGGGUUACACUUCCCAGUACAAAACUUCCAUCUCAAGUCCUUACAGCCAGCCUCCACCUAUGCAGCAGCCUCCACUCAUGCAACAGCCUCCACUCAUGCAGCAGCCUCCACCAAUGCACCAGCCUUCACCCAUGCACCAACAUCCACCUAUGCAGCAACCUCCACUUAUGCAGCAGCCUCCACCCAUGCAGCACAGCUCCAUCCAAAUCCCUGUAGGUCCACCACCACCCAAAGUGGUCAGCACUGCCACCAUUAUGCCUGCUUCCUACCCAGCCGCUCCAGCACCAGCUCCUCCAAUGGUGCACAAACCUGCCCCACCUCCACCUGCUCCUCCAGCAGCUCCAGCGUCAUCUUCCAACAGACCUCCCUGGGUUACUGAUGAUAACUUUGCUCAGAAAUUUGACCCCAGCAAACCCACCCCCACCACGAAUAUCAAAGUGCAGCCUCUUCCCCAGGCGGCUCCACCACCACCAUCUAUCAUCUCCAACCCGGUUCCUGCAGCACCGAGUCCUGCAUUUAACCCCGCCCCUCCUCCCUUCAACCCCGCCCCCUUCCCGCCGGUGGCUCGUGGAGUUGCUCAAAGGGCGGAGCGGUUUGCAGCCAGCAACAGGACACCUUUGUGUGCAACCUGCAACAAUAUCAUCAGGGGACCAUUCCUGGUGGCAUUGGGUCGUUCCUGGCAUCCGGAGGAGUUCAACUGCCAUUACUGCCACACAUCUCUGGCUGACGUCAGUUUUGUGGAGGAGCAGAAUAAUGUUUACUGUGAGAACUGCUAUGAAGAGUUCUUCGCACCUACCUGUGCCCGCUGCAGCACCAAGAUCAUGGGAGAAGUGAUGCAUGCACUGCGGCAGACCUGGCACACCACAUGCUUUGUGUGUGCAGCCUGUGGAAAGCCUUUUGGAAACAGCCUCUUCCAUAUGGAGGAUGGCGAACCGUAUUGUGAGAAAGAUUAUAUUGCACUCUUUAGUACAAAGUGCCAUGGCUGUGACUUCCCCGUUGAAGCAGGAGACAAAUUUAUCGAAGCUCUUGGCCACACAUGGCACGAUACCUGCUUUGUUUGUGCGGUCUGCCACGUCAACCUGGAAGGACAACCUUUCUACUCUAAGAAGGACAAGCCUUUAUGCAAGAAGCAUGCACACGCCAUCAAUGUGUAGAUGCUUCAAAAGCUAAAAAACUAAAUCUGUCAGAGAAGUUGCUAAAUGCAAUUAAUUUAACUUUGCAUUAGCGGUUUUAUGGCGAGACACCAGUGCCAAUUAAAAUGAGAGUGGAAAUCAUAUAAAAAGAAAUACAGUAUAUAAUUGGUUAAACAGCAUAUUAGUAGGUGGAUGAAUGGAUGAUACAUAAACUAAGUGUUGUGACGUUUUUAAUCGGAAUCCAAUACAGUGCUGCAGUCGAUGAAGUCAAAACCCUGAAGACUAAUUUAGAUGAUUAGAUUAGAUUAGAUUCAACUUUAUUGUCAUUACACAUGUACAAGUACAAGGCAACGAAAUGCAGUUUCGGUCUAACCAGCAGUGCAAUAGCAGCAAGUGCAGGAUACAGGUAUAAGUUAUAAAGUGCAGUUAUAGAAAAACUAUGGUAAUAUGUACAGAUGGAUGUACUAUGAACAUUAUAUACAGGUUGUAUUAGCUAUGAACAGAUUUACAAUAAAUGAAUAUUUGUACAGGAUGCUAUUAAUAAUCAGGAGUGUGCAGAUAGAUAUAUAUGUCCAUGUGCAGUGGGUAUGUAUAGUUCAGAUAAGUGAAUCAGUGCAAUGUAGUGUAAUUUGUCCUUGAGAUUGGGGGUAAAUUAUAAGGGUUUCAAUUCAUGAGUAAAAAGAGAUUGUUGGUAAACAUGAUUUAAUAAUACUUUGAUGCUGGGCUUUGCAUCACAUUCUGAAAAGAUGUAUUUUAAAGUAUUUUUUUAUAUUAAAAACACAUCAAAUAAGUUAUUACAUAAUAUCAACAUUGUCGCUCAUGUCGCAGCAGCCUGAAGUCCUUUAAGCCACACACUAGGGUGUUCAAAAUGCGAUUAACAUAUCUUGUAAUACUAUACCAGUUGAAGAUUCAUGAUAACAAGUAGUAUGAUAAUACCGUGCAGUAUUGUGUUGAUUCAUAAUUCAACUUUCUAUAGAUGUAAAUGAGACAGACUGAAUGUCUACAGAAUACUUUAUGUAGUAUUUUAACUUGUUUGUACCAGCAUCUGAUAAAUAAAGCUUAAAGAAUGCAAAUAUAUAAUAGCAUAAAUAUUUAAAUAAAUAAUAAAACAUAAUAAUUACAAUUAUAGAAAAAAAUGUAUAUAACAAAUGCUGGAAAAAAAGAAAUAUGCUUGCUUUUAAAUGGGAAAAUAAAACCCUUUGUUGGUGGCAAGUCUUAAUGAUUUAGUCAUUGAAUCGUUUAUUCAAAUGAUUCAUUCAAAACUUGUUUCAUUCAGGAGUGAAUGAAUUGAACGACUGCUUUACUGUGUUAUUGACUCACUGCAAUUGUUUGAAAUCACAAGACACUGCUGUAUAUGUUGUAUAGCGAAAAACAACAGCUCUGCUUGUGUUUAUCUGCAAAAUAGAGCAAAAACAAUGUUGUGUCUGAAAUGGCAUUUUAUUUAUUACUUUGCUUUUUGAGCAGUUGUAUAAAAUUAGCCGUAUUUGCAUUUGCGCUAAUGUUCAUGCUGAUAAAAAUUAGUUAUUUUUAGCUCAUUACUUGAUAAAAAUUCGUUAUUUUUAGCCCAUUACUUGAUAAAAAUUCGUUAUUUUUAGCCCAUUACUUGAUAUGAUCAAACUCUAACUGGAUAGUGCAUAUACUAAAGUAUAUGUUUCACAUACAAUAACAUGAGAACAAUUACUUACAAAAUCAGAAGUGUUAAGUCCUGAUUUCUACUCAGCAUUUGCUAUUUAUUUAAAAUAAAAAAAACUCAGAGGCAUCACCAGUAUUUUUAAACCUCCUUAUAUAAUACUUUAUAUAAUUUUACCUCACGCAACAUAACAAAUUUUGCUAAUGAAUUUGUCCCUCGUGUUAGAAAAAAAGAGCAAGUCAUCAGUGUAAUGUGUGAGAUUUGGUGCUCGGGUCACUCUGUUUCUAUUGUGGAAAGAGACAAAUUAUUCUUCCAGGAUUUGACAUCUUGACUGCAGUGUUCUGUAUUUUAGAGCAUUAUUUUAUUAUAUCCCUGAUUACACUGGCAUACAUGCACCCCUUUGCCUGACAUGAUCUAACAUAUAACACUAUUUUUUCUUGUGCAUUUAUACUACAUAUUAUGAUAUUAAAGACUGAGAGAUUCAAAUUAAUAAGUUAUACAUGAAUGUUGAAAAUGAUCUGAAUAAAAUCUAUGCAUUUUAUUAAGCCUUAACCUCUAUAGUACACUUAAAUGUGCUUUAAUGCAUUACUAUAUGUUUUCUGAACUACAAUCAGGCCUGUUGAUCCCUGACUUGGAAGUCAAUUGCAAAAAGCUGUUAAGUGAAUGGAGAACAUAUGUUGAUGUAGUCUUUUUGGUGCUGAAUGUGUGUUUUAUGUGAUACUAAUUUGUUUUUUUGUUUGUUUUAAGUUUUUUAAACAUUUUCUUUUUUUGAGUGAAACCAAGUGAGCUAAUCCACAAUGUUAGCAUUAGCAUUGUCAUUGUUUUCAUAACUUUUUCAUAACAAUUUUAAAAAUAGGUUACACAGAAUGUGUGUUUCCCUCACAAAUCAGCCAUUAAUAUUUUGCAUUGUCACAUAUGUUGUUUUGUUUUGUUAUUUAUUUUAUGAAAACCUCAGUAUUUACAAGAUCUUUGCAAACACUUUUCUGAAUUUGCAUCGAUAAUUUAUUUGUUUUCUUUGUCAAGAAUGAGGGGUUAGUUUCAUUUAAUUGAAUAAAUCAUUAAAAGACAGACCCACAUA